AUGAAGCGUUCUGGGAGAAUAUCGGUGUCCAAAAACCCCUUCCCUCCAGAAUCUCGACGACCCACACAGACGACCGACUGUGAAUCCGAUAUUGACUCGGACGCCUCUGACAUGGUUGCUGACUGUCACGACGACGCUUACAACAAACCGACAACAUCUAUCUCUGCACCUGUCGAAGAAGAAAUGCCGCUGUCUACGCUGUGGGACAUUGCAUUAGACCACCAUGUAUACGAGAUCGGUGGUGGGCGAGAGCUUUUCAACGAACUUGAAGCUUCGCUACUCGAGGGCGAUAAGAUCAUCGCAACGCCCAUAGCUGCUCUCGAAGACGAGAUUGGAAUGCAAGAUGACGAUUAUUUUGGCAUUGAACUACUGGACGAAAUUCCUGUGGAUUCUAGUACGAAGACAAAGGCAAAUAUGAAAGUUAAUCCGGGCGACGCCUACUAUCCUUGGUUGUCGAAGGCGCACUUCUUGACUGCGUUAUUGUUUAGCUCUGCACGACUACCAUUUUCGGAUGUGCAGAAGAAAGCCGUACUCAGCUGGGCCAAGGAGCUGGGUGCCCAUGAUGUCCCGUCUCUCAAGGCUGUCAAGGAGUCAAACGAGCACAUCUGUGAACUUGUCGGCAAUCCAAUGCGGAAAGUAACUUCAGCGUCCGGCAACGUUUUUUACAUCAACGAUAUUUGGCAUGCAAUUGCAAAGGACUACGCGAAUCCACUCACCCGCUUUUCCAUGCAAGAUUAUCCAGAGGAUGGAGGAGAUGGAAUGUCGCAGGUUUUCAAUGGACAGAAGAUGCUGCUAGAACUGCCGUCACCUCCGGCGGCUCGUGUGGACGGCAAAAUAUAUUUCGUCAACGAACUUCUGCAGGAAUGCUCAGGAGGCUUUUUUGUCCCAGAACGCUUCUUCACUGCCUCGUAUGCACCAGUGAAUGGCAGGGACUCACAGGAUUCGUGCCAGGAGAACAAAACAUAUGCUAUGGGCCGUGCGGUACAAUACACAGACGCCGGUUUCAUCGUCAGUGAUGAACAAGAGAUCGUUCCGGUUUCAAACUUCAGACAUUCCUUUGAGGAUCUCGUGGACAAGCUUGCAUGCGGGGUUACCAUGUCAUCUGAAAAAUACCUGAAGCUCACACCACAUCCUCUACGCGAAAAGUCAAAGGGCCGGAUGGUCUAUUCAGUCCCUCUCAUUAUAUUCAUGGACGACGUUUCCGGAAAUGUUUCAAAGCAGUGGAAUAAACAUCACGCGAUUUACAUGUCGAAUGCUAACCUACCACGUGAGAUGCUGGAGAAAGAGUUUUGUGUUCGAUUCGUAACAUCAUCACCACACGCUGCGCCGAUGGAAUUGAUGCAUGCGAUGAAGGAGUCUAUCAGCGCAGCCGCAGACUCAGGAAUCUUUGCGUGGGACUGCAAAUUUGACGAGGAGGUCAUGCUCGUUCCUGAAGGUUUAUUUCUUGCGGGGGACAAUCCAAUGCAGGCCGAGGAAUGCAGCCACGCAGGGCUGAAUUGUAAUUACUUUUGCAGGACUUGUCAUGUUGGCGGGACAAAGGAAUACAAAGAGUCUGAGGCUGGAUAUGUUAGUCUUUUUACGGAAGGAACACCCCGAACACCCGAAGAAACGACAUCACAGGUCCUCAAGCAGUUCGAGACCGCAUUAUGUUCAGGAGCCACAGGGAAGGUUGUGGCCGCCGUAUCAACCACUGGAAUCCGGGACUCUACUUCAUCUUCCAUCAUCAAUACGCUUGUUGAAAUGGGCAAGAAGCUACGAAAACGAGAUGUAGGACAGCCAGCAUUACCGGAAUCUGAAGUUCGUGCAAAGCUGGAGGAAGAGCUUUUGGAUAUAUUGCAAGGUAGGACACACCGGGACGCAAUCAAUCCCCUUCUAGGGAUGAAUAAUAUAAAUGUUCACAUGGAUACUCCUACUGAGAUCCUUCACACGGUUCUACUCGGCGUUGUGAAAUACUUUUGGGGACAGACUGCGUUUGUGCUCGAGAAAGCUAAACUACUCACUCGUUUUCAGACACGUCUCGACUCACUGGAUAGAGAUGGCCUGAAUGCGCCGUCCCUGAAUGCCGACUACAUUUGCCACUAUAAAGGAGGCUUAAUCGGAAAGCACUUCAAGAGUCUCGCGCAAGUUAUGCCGUUUGUCGUCUACGAUCUCGUUCCGAAAAGUGUUCUUGAUGGAUGGACCUUAAUUGGAGAGUUAGUCGUUCUCAUUUGGCAUACGAAAAUCGACAACACCGAACACUACUUGGCAAAGCUAGCUCGAACGAUAAGCGAUUUUCUCAAUGUGACUGCGCAGUGCGCACCCAGUAUCUUGAUCAGCAAACCGAAAUUCCAUUUUUUAGUUCACCUCCCAGCUUACAUUCGACGUUUUGGACCUGCUAUUAUUUUUUCGACUGAGCGUUAUGAGUUGUUUAAUCAUGUAUUCCGUCUUACAUGCAUUUACAACAAUCGACGAGCUCCAAGUCGCGACACGUGCAUGACAUUUGUUCGCAACGACACUGCCAAGCACAUCGCUACUGGCGGUUAUUGGUAUGACACCCAUACAGAACGAUGGGUUCAUGGUGGCCCACAGGUUCUCACCUACCUUGAACACCAUCCUGAACAAGCUCGUCUGCUUGGAAUUCCUGACCAAAAACUAGCUGAUCCAGGCACAGGGAGAAUUAUAGUGACUGACCAGUCUAAGCACGAAGCCGUUCUGUGGCAAGCGACGCGCUGCGCAGACAUAUUCAAGAAGAACGGUCUCAAAAGUCCUCCUUCUUCCGAGUACUACCAGGGAACUUCGGUAGUGACUAGUGAGCAUGAAACUUCGCAAUUGGGUGGGCAUGUCAUAUUUCGAGACGCGCUUGAGAAGACUCGUAUUGGACGCAUCUGUGAGAUAUUAAUUGCAACAGCGCCUGGGCACUCUGUCGCAUUUGUUGCUCUUCAGACAUUUUCCUUCAUGCCUGCACGCCACCCUUUGCUCCAUCUGCCAUGUCUCCUCCUCACUGACGAGGAACUCAUUGUGUCAGGAACGGAUAUCAUAUGUAUCGCCAAUGUUCAGCACAAUUGUCUCGAUGCAAAAUGCACAGAGUUAACUACCAAGCAUCUGUGGCAAGAGCGGACCCAAACUGACCGAACAGCAAGUGUCGUGAAACACCAAAUAUCGCCACAGUAUCUCCUUAACAUGUUCUCCAUCCAUAACUACCAGCAUCUCUGUUCUCUUCUCCCGGAAUCCCUCUCCGAGACACCAUUGCGCGUUUCAGAUCCUGGAGCUGUCCGAAGAGCUGCUGUGAGACAAAUGCAGGGAAAGAGGCUGGCGAAAAAGCUCAGAGGCGAGGCAGUGAGCGUGCCCCAAGAUGACGAUGGUGUCCGUCCUGCGUUUGAUUGCGCAGCUAAGAAACAGCCCAAGACCACAUCCAGGAAGCAAGUGAAGUCUACGAAUUCGACGAAGCAGCAGCAGCCUGUCGAGGCAUCCAUGUCAAAUGCCCCAGAUAUUCUGCACCGCCCCCUUCAACCGCAUCCUCAUUUUCAUCAACCUGCCGCUCAGCAAUACACUGCACAUCUCCCCAAUCCCCCUCAAGCACCUGGUCAUUCAAGUUCAUCAUUCCCUCAAUCCUCAGUACACCAAUGGCGUCUCCCGCCGCCAGGGUUUGCGCCACCCCCAGAAAUGUCUCAUUGGGCAUCUCAGGUGCCUUCCUUUUCAAUAUCUUCCGGCCAUAGUCAGUUUUCAUCUCUAACCCACCCUGCUCCACCCAUUCAAGUACCCGCGCAUAAUCCCCUGUAUUCUACAGCCUUCGAAGCUAACUCACAUCAGUUACAUCCUUAUCAUUUCCCCCAACCUUAUGACACUUCUCGUCAAUAUUUUCACCCCUAG